GCAGUGGGCGUCCUAGCAACGCGGUUACUAAGGAGCGCACCAGGGGUGACAUGGACGCUACCACAGCCCCGCAUUUCAUCCCUCCGGAAAUGCCCCAGUACGGGGAAGAAAACCACAUCUUCGAAAUGAUGCAGAACAUGCUGGAACAGGUGCUGAUCCACCAGCCCCAGGACCCUAUCCCCUUCAUGAUUGAGCACUUGCGUCGGAACAAUGACAAUGUGCCGAAGAUUGUGAUUUUAGGUCCACCCGCCUCUGGGAAAACCACAAUAGCAAUGUGGCUCUGCAAACAUUUGAACAGUAAUCUCCUCACCAAGGAGAAUUUAGUGGAAAGAGAGUUUUCUGUUCUGUCUAUGGAGGCCAGGGAAUAUUACAAUGUUUACAAGACAAUUCCUAACGCGAUGCUUAUCCACUUGAUCCAAGAGCGCAUGAAUGAGGAGGACUGCAUCAGGAAGGGCUGGAUUCUGGACGGUAUUCCUGAGACGCGGGAACAGGCACUGAUGAUCCAAACCCAAGGACUGGCCCCCAGGCAUGUCAUUGUGCUGAAUGCUCCGGACACGGUCCUAAUUGAGAGAAACUUGGGGAAGAGGAUCGACCCUGUGACCGGAGAGGUCUAUCAUACCACCUUUGACUGGCCCCCUGAGCCUGAAAUCCAGAACCGGCUGGUGGAACCAGAUGGUAUCUCAGAGCUCGAGACAGCUCAGAAGCUAAUGAACUACCACAGGAACAUCAUGAGGAUCCUUCCCACUUACCCCAAAAUCCUGAAAACCAUCAGCGCUGACCAACCAUGUGUAGAUGUUUUCUACCAGGCUCUAACCUAUGUCCAGGCUGGCCACCGAUGCAAUGCCCCGUUCACCCCCAAGGUGCUGCUCCUCGGGCCUACUGGCAGCGGGAAGAAACUGCAGGCUGCUCUCCUGGCCCAGAAGUACGACCUAGUCAAUGUCUGCUGUGGGAAACUGCUGAAAGAGGCCGUGGCAGACAAGACACCUUUUGGAGUGGUCAUCCGGCCCUUCUUUGAAAAGCAGAUGGCAGUUCCUGACAGCAUCAUCAUGAAGGUGUUGGACCAGCGCCUGAGCCAGAGGGACUGCAUUGAGAAAGGCUGGGUGCUACAUGGUUUCCCUCGAGACCUGGACCAGGCGCGCAUGAUGAACUCCGUGGGCCACAAUCCCAACAGGGUGUUCUUCUUGAAUGUGCCAUUAGAUUCCAUCCUUGAGCGCCUGACUCUGAGGAGAACUGACCCGGUCACAGGAGAAAGGUACCACCUCAUGUACAAGCCCCCUCCCACUAUGGAGGUCCAGGCCCGUCUCUUGCAGAACCCUAAGGAUUCUGAAGACCAAGUCAAGCUCAGAAUAGACCUGUUCUACCAGAACUGUGAGGAGCUGGAGCAGUUCUAUGAGAAGGCCAUCACCCUCAAUGGGGAUCAGGACCCGUACACAGUCUUUGAGUACAUAGAGAGUGGAAUCAUUAACCCCCUGCCAGAGAAAUUGGCUUGAAAGGUUCAAAACCCCUGCCCUCAGCCUUUGGGAGACUCUACCUAGCUAAUAAAGAGUGAUAAACACA